UGUGUGUACAUACUUGUAUAUAGAUCUCGACGCGGAUGCGCGCAGUUUGCACCUGCUGCUUCUCUCGCAUUUAUUAUUCCUUCUCUUGUUUUCUUCUUCGACUUUCGGCUUUUUCGAGUACGUAUAUAUAUAAGCUGCUUGUUUAUAGAAUACACUUUACUGGGAGACUGACGAAACAAGCGGUAUAUGGAUUUCGCGUGGAUAGAAAUAUUAAAUAAAUAAAUAACAAUAAAUAUAACUUUGAAAGAACACUUAUCUCACAACUCUCUUCACAGCUCUGAUGAUAUCACGUAAAUUGGAAUAAAUAAUAAGUGAAUUAAGCCUACUGUGUGUGUAAGUUAUACAUAGAGUAUGGGGUGGGGGGAAGCUACUACAGAAAUCUUCCUUAUUUCAGGCACGAUGAGUUUAGCAGAAAAUAUUUUAAUAAUAAUCGCGGCUUUUUCAGCUGAUGCAAAUCUUGCUCCGAUCGCUUUCUUUCGAUGUUCAUUGUAAGAUUAUUUUGCUUCUCUGUGCCGCGAAGAAAAACAAGAUAUAGGUUCGCAUUUUUCGAGUUUCUGAGACAAUAAACUUUAAACGUUCAAAGUUAUGUAUUCGCGUCGCGAACUCCGAAUAUAGAUCGCAUACAAUAUCAUAAAUAUUCCAAUUUUUAGAAAGAAAGUUCAAACAGCGCGCUGAUGGCGCCACAACUAUUAUAGUAGAAAUAUCAGCUGAUCCAAGCGCAAGGGGUACGAGUGAGAUAUAAGUAUAUACUUAUUAUUACCAACGAAUAUAGAUAUAGACUUGGUACCUAUAGAAUAACGGUCACGGGUUAGGCUGCGUCCACAAUUGACCGUUUUGGCUCCGUAUUCGGUACCGUUUAUGUAUAACGUAUAGGGGUGAUUGUGGACACAGCCUAAAGGGACGAAAACUUGGGGGGGACAGGUAUAGUGCGUGUCUUUCCUAUGCAGUCUUGGGGGACAGCUAUAGUGUAGGCUCUACGUGAAUUUCAAAAUGGGGCCCCGACGCCAAUACUGACCGCGUCCUUCUAUACCAAGUCUAUAUUCGUUGUUAUUGCGUCCAUGUUGAGAGGUUAUCCGACUCCAUGGGUGUGUGCGGAGCAUUUUUUUUAUCUGACAGCUGGACGGCUUUUGUUUUUGUUUUCUCCUUCGAUAAACACUUUAGAUCGGCUGCUGUGAUUGUUGACAUUCGGGCUUCGUCGUAGUAGGAUUAGAUUAUUUCAAACUUUUGAGUUUGUUUUUAUUGUGUCGAAAUUUUUCAUAUUUUGUGCGACUUCUCGAAAAUGAACGAGGAGAUAGCGACUUUUUCGUGCUCCAGGAAGAGCAGCAUUCGUAGUGUCUCGUCCACUAAUCAAGAUGUUCAAACCAUGGCGUGUUCCAAGAGAACUCAGGGAGACGGUAUGGAGAACAUACCUCCAGAGAAAGCUGCAGAUGUUGUGGAAAAGCCAAUCAAAGUGAGACUGGGAGAGGCUUUGAUCUACCAUCCGACAAAUCUGAAACAGCAGAAAUCUACGCCACCUGUCACUCCCACUGGCCAGAUAGUAAACUUAAUUCCUCAGACAAUACAGCGAAUCAAAAAAGAUAAGCACAUACUACAUUCCUUCAAGGUCAAGGAGCCCAAAUUUGUUCCAUACGAGCCUUACAAAGCUGCUGUCAAUCCAAUAGUACCUUACAAGAAGAAAAAGAAGAAGGCUCCCAAGAAUAACUUGGACAUCAAUGUCAUGGUUACACAGCUGGCUAAUUUAAAGACUGAAGAAACAAAGAAGAAAAGUCAAAGUGACGAUAAACCGAUCACAGUAGAGAGCGAAGUAGAUAGUUUAAAGAAGCAAUAUGAAGCUGAAAUCCAAAAACUGAAGGAGGAGAAUAGUCAAUUAGAGAAUCAGCUGAAAUUCCAAGCUCAGGUCAAUGGAGAACUGAAAAAUUUAUUAGUGGCAGCUGUAGGUGAAGAUUUAGAAACAAGGGUCCACUUGCUGACUGAGGAUAAAUUGCAAUUGGCUAGAGCUCUGUUAAAUUCAGCACAACAUCUCAGCACACAUCAGGAGCAGACUGAGUGGCUGGCAGGACAGUGUGAAGUCUGGAGGAGUAAAUUUUUAGCUAGCAGCUUGAUGGUUGAAGAACUUGCCAAAUGGAAAGCUGCUUUAUGUCAACGAACUACCGAUCUCCAGGAGUCGGUGAAAAGACUCUUAGAGGAGCGCAGCAAAGUUAGAGACACUGCCUUGAGGACGUAUCGAACAUUGAGUAUUCUUCGCGAGAAUUUCGACCCUGUCGGAGCUGCCAGGCGCCACGAACUUCCCAGCACAAACGUAAUCGACUUGUCUGACGGUUGCUGCCAGCUGGCCGAACUCCUGAAAGUGCAUUUACUCAGUGGCAUGGAUAAGAUUAACUUGCGUAAGGAGAUCAACAUAACCGGCCUCGACAUGAAGACCACAGCCGAGAAAAACGCAGAACAGCUACUGAUGACCCCGAACCUGCUAAUGUCGGGUCGCCAGGACGCGGCAUGUAGCGCAGUGAUGGGCGCAGCCGUAGCCGUGGGUGGACGCAUGUUCCUGCCCUCCGGAUCAUCAUCCGCAAAUCUGGCCAACAUGGCCUGCUGUCCACACUGCAGCGGCGAAGUCAAACAAGUCUGACCGAGAGCUAAUGGGCGCGCACUGCGCUCGCUCUGAAUAAGAGACUGUCGACUCUCUUUCCCUUUAUGUGUAAAAUUAUCUUCCACAAAUAGAUUUAUUAAUUCGUUUUUACGGGUCUUUGAUUAUAGACUUUAUCUUUUUUAUUUGACUUAUUGAUAAGACUCAAAGCCAGCCAAAACUUCGCGAUACUACGAGGCACCAAGUCGUUUGGUUUCCUCUUCCUCUAUAUGCGCGCAGCUAUGUGACUACCAUAUAUUGUCUUUAUACACUUGGAAAAUAAAAUCUAUAUUAUACACAUGA